CGCUUAUUAGGCUGCAGUGUGUGUGCGUGUUUGUCCGGGGGGGGAGCAUGUGUAGUGAACAUCUGUGUAACUGUACAGGGACUAAAUUUGUUAUUUCUGUUCCUGUGUCAUGUAUUGUAGGCAUUGUUUGUCUCACUUGCGUCCCUCGUGCAUUAGUGCGUGUGUGUUAUUUUCUCUUGUUUGUAUUGUAAGUAAUUCUCUGCGUUAGAGACGUUGAACUUAGCCCAACACAAAACUCUGCCCAGACUUCUUCCAUUUGUUUUCAUUGACAUUUUAGAGAUAGAAUUUUUUUUCAAACGGCAGCAGCAGCAGCAGCAGGAAAAGUGAAAAGACCUCUGGGAGAAACGAAGGCAAACCGGCAGAAAUAUAGCAGAGAUAGGAGGAAAAAUGAACGGGAGCGAUAAAGUUGGAAUCACCUACAGGGAGAAAUGUGAGAGUAAUUCAGGCACACACCUGCAUCUAAAGUCACAUUGUGUACGCAGCCCCACAGGCUCUGAAUAAAAAUGGCCGCACAGUCGCAGGAAAACAAAACACUGCUCAUGUGGAGGAGCAGGUGAGAGGUUUAGGUUUCUGUGUAUGUUAAUGCAAAAUCUAAAUUUCUUUAGCUUAAACCAGCUUCAAAUCUGUGCUUCUUUUCAACCUCGGCAGCUUCCCUGAGUUAUUAACUUGUUUUGGUUUAAUGAAACACAGCUACACACCUGCAGAUGGAGUAGAGCAUUUCCUGUAGCAGCUCAUAUGCCAGCGUUUUCAUUAGGAGGUGGUGGAGAUCUUUUAUUAUUUCUAGUGAGUUUACAAUUGUGAGACAUUAAACUGAAUUUCUAAUAUUUGUGUGCCAGCUAUACGACAUAAUCUAAGUCUCAUAUGUCCCACUCUGAUCAGUCUGGUGUCAGGAUUCUGGCUGGCCCUGGCUAAAGCCAGCCACCCUGUUGUUUUUACCCUGGACCACACCUUCUCCAUCACCAGGCCACGCCUCCGCGUUGGACCACGCCCACUCCCCCACUUUCCCUCUGUAGACUCCUCACAAUCAGCCCAACUCUCCACACCUGUGCUUCCCCUCUGCCUCCCUUUAAAGACUCCUGCAGCCCGGCACUGGGUGCUGGGUCAUUAUCACCUCAUCUCUCACCACUGCUCACAUCAGGGCUACGGAGCAGCUCCUCUUACCGCACGCACCAGCCGCUGCACCUCUGCCGCAUGAAUUCAUGUCAUAUCAGCCCCAGCGCUGCGGUGCACCUCUGAAUCAGGCCGUCUCGUCCCGUCCCAUCCCUGCUCUUCUCUUCAUUAAAGCGUAAUUCAGAACAGUCGUAGCGCCGCAGAUGAAGAUGUCUCAGAAGAAGAUCUUCCUGGUCUUUGUGGCAAUCAGCACGGUGAGCCUCCUGCUCCACCACGGAGGCCAUUUGAGCUGGACCUUUGAGGGCUUCCAUCUGGGUUGCCCUGUCCCCCGGUCCCACCCUUCCCCCGGCUUGAAGCCCAAGCACACCAACGUGGCCUUCCUCAAGACCCACAAAACGGCCAGCACCACCAUGCAGAACCUGCUCUUCCGCUUCGCGGAGCGCAACAACCUGACGGUGGCGCUGCCGGUGCAGGCCUGCGGCCACCAGUUCUGCUACCCGCGCUCCUUCACCUCGCACUUCGUCCACCCCCACACGCUGCCGCCCAACAUCAUCACCAGCCACAUGCGCUUCAGCAAGGCGGAGCUGCAGCGCCUGAUGCCCAACGACACCAUACACGUCACUAUCCUGCGAGAGCCCAGCUCCAUGUUCGAGUCCUUGUUCAGCUACUACAACCAGUACUGCCAGAGUUUCAAGCGGGUCCCCAACGGCUCUUUGGAGGCUUUCCUAGCGGAGCCGUGGCGCUACUACAGGCCAGACGAAAAGGACGCCAUGUAUGCGCGCAACACCUUGACCUUUGACCUGGGUGGAGACAAAGAUCGCCCAGCAACCGAUGUGGCUUACGCCCGGGCCUUCGUGGCCGAAGUGGAGCGGGUCUUCUCCCUGGUGAUGAUUGCUGAGUACUUCGAUGAGUCUCUGGUCCUCCUUCGCCACCUCCUCUCAUGGGACCUCGACGACAUUCUCUAUGUCAAACUCAACAUGCGGACAAUGAGCUCCAAGCGGAGCCUGACCCCCGGGCUGCCUGCAAAGAUCCGUGCCUGGAAUUCCCUAGAUGCGCACCUCUAUGACCACUUCAACGCCUCCCUGUGGCGCCAGCUGUCCGCCCUGGGCCCGGCCUGUGUGGCCAGGGAGGUGCGGCUCCUUCGACAAGCCCAGGAGAGGCUCAUGCGAAGGUGCUUCGGGGGGCGGAUGCCCCUCCUCCGCUCAGCUGCGCAGAUUAAAAACAAGGAUCUCCGUCCGUGGCAACCUAGUGGAAAGGUUGACAUUGUCGGCUACGACCUGCCCAUAAAUCUCAGCAACGGUUUUUUGAGCCCGGCCCAGGAGCUCUGCCUCAAGCUCAUCAUGCCGGAGGUCCAGUACACGCGGCUCCUCCUGCGUUCCCAGUCGCUGCGCUACCGUAGAGGCUUCCAGCUCCGGCCCCCACAGCAGUCACACUCCCCCCAGCAGCCCAUGCGCUCGCUCAUGCCUCGGCAUUCUCAAGUUCAUCAUAUUCAACCGAUACAUGUGGUCGCUGCAGGCGCUGCCUCAGGAACAGGGUCCACCUCCACCUCAAAGACUGCUGUAGGAAAUCAAGGGCAGACUACAAAGUUAGGGCCCAAGUUCUCACAGGCCUUAUAGACUGUACAGUUUUCCAAUGUUUGAGCCCAACAGGCUGCACUGAUCCACCCAUCCUGACCUAUGAGACAAUGCUGGUUUGCUGUACCUCGACAGUAAAGACAUUAAGAUGAGGAAUGAUAAGAGAAACACUGGAUCCCUGCUCUGCUGCAUGUCUUCACCUGACCACGGCGGAUGGGAGAAGGUUUGAGGUGAAAGUGAUUCUUUGAAGCAAAUCUGUUUUGUGCAACCCAGACUCAAUAGGGAAGUGGCGGCAGUGGACCCAUUGUGAGGCACAGAGUGCGCUUUGUGCACGUCACACUGGUAUAAUAUCACGUUACGUGCUUUCAUUCUGUGUUUCCCCGGCUCUCCUUUGCACUCUCCCACUCUAACAUAUGCCACUUCAGUCCUGGAGAGAGGCAUAAUGACAUCAAGGGAUCAACUGUCAGGCCCUCAAGAGCCUCCUAAGUGGCCAGACAGACAGGGAGAUCACCAUACCAUGAGUAGAACAGCACAAUAGACAACUCUUCUCUUACAAACUCUGGAUGUAAAGCAGAGGCUGGGGGUCAAAAGGGCCACAAAGAGAGAGUUUUCCAGAGGGUGAGAGUAGAACUGGUUUCUCCCCCAUUACAGACUGAGCCAGGCCUCAUUUGGAUCUUCACCUUUUCCUCCAUCCCGUUAUCGAAGGUGUGUUGCUUUCCUCCCGCCCCGUUUGGCUUUACACUGAAGGCAGCAUGAAAGAACAGGGGUUCUAUUUUUGAACUAGUGUGUAAUUGCAAUAAGACCUUCACACCUACAAUGUGUUGAGGUGUGGACUCAUUAAGCUACCAGCAACCACGUCACAACGCACACGCUGGCUCGAGCCCUAACCUACUGUAAAACCACUUGACAGGACAAAGACUUGAAGCCUGCGAAUCGCAGCAUGUGAAUAUUUAAUUGUGGCCUCUCUCAGCCGUGUGUUGGGUUUCAGGGCCGUACAUUCUAAUGAAGGACGUUCGGGGGCGUGAGGGCCGAAGUUGAACUCGGAGCGUCGGUGGAUUGAGUUUGCUCAGAAGCUGAAACGCCGUGGCUGAAGCCAGCUGUGAUUGGUUGUCGAUGCGUUCUGCUCAUUAUGUGUCAUUCAUGUUGUUGAAUUCCUCCAGCGCUCAGCAGGUUACUGUGGGCUGAAGAAAGUGUGUGUCUGCGUGUUUGUGCGUGUGUGUGUGUGGCAACAAAAGGAAAUUGUCUGAGAUUUAUUAUAAAAUAAGCGUAGUAUUUAUUAUCAGGACUUACUUAACUGACUUUUCUUACGAACCAGUGGAUACAGACUGUGACGAGGCGUUUGUGGACCAUCACGUCCACUCCAGGCUGCAGAGCUAGAACAAGCGUGGCACUGGCAUCAAGCUUUCAUUCUACACGUUAUUCAUAAUAGAACACUACUAAGACCACCUCUGAAAACCAGCGCUGUCACGUCAACGUGAAGCCGUCACCCAGCAGUGCUUAAGAGCUCGACCACACUGCGCUUGUGGUUGGAGACUGCGGCGAUGUAGGUUAGAGUACGAACAAACACACAAACUGCUGCUCCGACAGGAAUGAAAAGUAGAGCGGGUGGAAGAGAGACCUGGGUAGAGGAAGCAGAGUCGCAUGAAAAGCCUGCGAACAUUUACAUUGGAAGUGUUUAACCGCGCUUAGCGGGGCACCACAGCCCUGAAAGCAGCGGCUGCACAGCGCUUUUUAUCACUUUGCUUUUGAAGCCGUGUUCAGCACAUAGUCAGUAAAAGCAACAAACAUUAGCUCGUGUUACUUUUAAGCGAUAAAGGCUCCUGGUUGUGUGUAUGUCAGCAAAUCCCAUGAAAAGACAAACACUACAAAUGCCCCAGUGUGUCGGCUGGUUCCUGCUGAAGACGAGAACAAGUCAUUUAUUUAGAAAUAGUUCACUGUUUCCUUUUGUGCUAGUUGUUACGGAAGUUGAAUAAAAAAAUAUUAAUUAAAAAACAGUGCAUUUGUUCAUUGGACACACCUCUUUAAGUGGAUAUAUGGACCGAGCCCAGUAUUCACUGGUUAAUAAUAGUGUGAACAUAUGCGUAAAUGAGAUAAAACUAUGUGUCAAAAUGCUAAGUUAUGAUUAUUUUACUCUCAACAUUUUUAGCAGUGGAACCAAAGCACAGAGUGGAGGCAGCUGAUGCCUGGGUCUGGGUCACACUGUGGGAGAAACCCUGUUCAUGUGAGACGGCUUCAUGCACCCAAACGCUGAACUGUUUUUUACACAUUUAUUUAUUACUUUUUGAAUAACACGGUGAUGAAGCACCUUAAAUGUUUAGUGGACUCAGACAUCUUUAGGUCCUGUCCGUCCACAUACACACCAACAGCCUCAGUCUGUGGGGGAGGAACAAGCGUACAUGUGCUAAACGUAGAGAUGAGGUGAGUUUCCAGUGUCUGCAGAGACUCUGCGCCGCGUCUGACUGGAGGCCAGCUGAAGAACACGUGUUCAUUCCCUUCGCCCGUUCAUUUCUCAUCCAUUUUCUCCGGCUGAGGCUCUAAGUGCUCUUUGAUUGUACGACUUGUUCUGCUUCUUGUGAGCGAGUUUCAGUAAUGGUCACGCUGUCAUGUCUCAAGUGUGGGCUUUUUCUUUCCCUCAUCCAGAUGAGCUUUAAAAACAUUACACUAAAGUCUACCCAUUAGCUGCUGCCUCUCACUGGGCGACACUGGGCAUCUUUCUGUGUCAGAGCGAUGUUUGAAUAAGGAAAAACCCACUUUGUGAUUCUCUGACCACAUUGUUUUCUUCCAUCCUUAUGAACGUAUCUGUGAGCUGCAUAGAAUGAGACCUGAUUUUUUUGUUUGGUGACUGAAUGCAGAAGCUUGGGUGUAAUGGGGCUCAAAACAAAAAGGCCAGUGACAAUCAGAGCUAGGAGCCCCAAAGCUUUGUUAUGAUGGAUGGUGAUAAAUAAAGUCUGAAUGAUUCCAGUUCA